AUGAACCGUAAGUUAGUCAUAAAACCAAUUAUCAGUAAAGAUUUUAAUGAAAGAGGACAAGUAGAUCUCGUAGAUUUUCAGUCAGUUCCUGAUGGAAAAUUCAAAUGGAUACUGAACCAAGAUCAUAGUACUAAAUUCUUAUCUUUACGUCCUCUCGAGUCUAAACGCGCAUCUGAAGUAGCUAAUAAUUUAUUAUCAAUUUUUCUUACAUUUGGCGCACCAAAAAUACUGCAGAGCGAUAACGGUAGGGAAUUUGUUAAUUCUAUUAUAAAUGAACUGAAAGAACUUUGGCCAGAUUGCGUUAUUGUUCACGGUCGACCCAGACACCCACAGAGCCAGGGAAAUAUUGAGAGAAGCAACCAGGACAUAGAAAAUAUGUUAAGAGCUUGGAUGAAAGACAAUAAAACAAAGAAAUGGUCAAUUGGACUACAAUUUGUUCAAUUUCAAAAAAAUAGUUCUCAUCAUCGUGUGAUUGGUAGGUCACCGUAUAAGGCUUUAUUUGGGAAUGAUCCAAAAGUUGGAUUAGCAACAUCCAAUUUACCAAUAGAAAUUUUACAAAAAUUGGUAACGGAAGAAGACUUAGAAGAAAUCUACAAAGAAGAUAUUCAACGUGAGAUCGAAAAAAUAACUGUUCAAUGUAAUGUUUGCGGAACAGAAUGUUGUAUGGAAACGGACUCCGCCGAAGCAAUUUUAUGUAAUUUAUGUGAGAAGAAUAUGAAAAUUAAGGAAGCACGUCAUCUAGGAGCUAUAGGAAUAGAAAAGCAAGCCGAAAAAAUGUUACAAGAUAGUAAGAUCAAAAUACCAACAUUUAAAGUUGGAGACUGUAUUGUAAUCCCGGUUCCGAAGGUAGAUAGAGGUCCUGCAGACCCAGCUAACAUUAUUGGCGUAGUGAUCGACCAGAAAAAUGACCUUAACCGUAUAGGAACUGAACAUGGUGUACUAAAAGGUUGGUAUGGUUCUGGAAAUAUACAAUCAGCCACAUCAAAUUUCAUUGACAUCGAGCAAGUUUAUAAGACAAAAGAAAUUAAUUUAAAAUGUAAUUCUCGUUGUCAUAACUCACAAGCAUGUCUAAAUAAAUAA